CCAUAAAACAAUAAAAAUAAGAAGAAGAGUAUAGCCAGCUCUUUCAGUGGUUUUUCUUUGCUGCUGAAUUGCAGAGAUAAAACAUACACAAUGACCAAACUGCAGCUGCUGCACCGCGCGCUGAACGAGCGUCUGAUGGCGGCGGUGGAGCAGAUCAUGGAGAUGGUCGGCGACACGGUGCUGGAGUAUGAAGAAGAGACGAUCCGUGCCCGGAAAGAAAACGAGCUUCUGAGACGGAGGCUCCGGUGGAUGGAGGGGGCAAAUCGAGCCGACUGGCCAGGCCCAUCAGAACCUGUUAUGCUUUCCACAAUGGACGAGGCCAGUCCAUCCCGGCAAGAUGAGGGUGCUGCCAACAUCGGAUUUGGACAGCAAUCAGAAGCUCUUGAAAUCAAAACAGAGUCGACUGAUCUCCCACUGUGCAUUAGACCUGAAAGCAGUGUCACCACAUUUCCUCAAAGCAUCGAUCAGGGAUCUGACAAUGCCGGGACAGGCGCUGGCAUUGCCUAUGGCCUGACAGACAGUAUGACCUGGGACUCUGGCCAAAGUUACAUGGCCCCUCUGGACUUUGAUCCAACUCCAGGUCCCUCCAGGGUCCGGCGCUGGAGAGGACGCAACAGAAGGCAGAGGAUGUCCUUUGCCUGUCCAGACUGUGGUAAAGUCUUUGGGAGGGAACAGAGGCUGAUGGUUCAUAUGCGGAUUCAUUCCACUGAGAGGCCUUAUGCAUACCGCCGGCGCAAGGCGUGCUUCUACGGUGACAAUAGGAAAAAGAGGAAACUGCACAGGCUCUCUCAGCUCUCAAGAGAAAUUGUGGAUGAUCUGUCAGAUGGCUCCGAGCAGACGAACAGGAGUAGUGCAUCGCCUGAACAACUAGAAACCACUGCACCAGGUCUAGAAGAAGAGCCUGAGAGUGACCAUACCAGCAGUGAUAAAGAACCAGAAAAGAGAAUUACCACCUCUGUGCGGAAUCAGCACGAAAAAAAAGUUGUAAACCAGAUGUGUCACUGCCCUCAUUGCCCUCAUCGGGUGUUCGCUCGGCCCUGUCAAUUAGCCAUGCACAUGAAGACCCACACGGUCACAACUCAUGUCAACCGACCCACCCAAGCACAGUCAGGAACUCGGGAGAUAGUGGAUGUGAACAGGAAUUUACCCAAGAGGCAAAGAAAAAAAAAUGUGGAGAAGAAGCCCAAAGUUGCUGACAAUCAUGAGCACCAUUGUCCAGACUGUGACAGAGUCUUCUCUUAUGCAAGUCGGUUGCGUUUCCACAUGAAGUCCCAUAAUUCCAAAAAGGCUUUAUUACUCAAAACUUUGCCAAUCAAGGCUGAGGUGACUAAAGAAGACACAACUGUGGCCGUGCUAAAGAAAACAUAUGCAUGCCCACAUUGUGAUAAAUUGUUUACUCGUGAAGGAUGGCUGUUACCGCACAUUCGCUCUCAGCACAAGGAAGUAAAGAACAGGAGUGAUUACGUUGACAUGUUUGCCAGUAGACUUACUAGAUCGCAACAGCCUUUCACCAUGCAAUUUCGUAAGCGCACAACUACGAAGUGGGGAGAAGACACUAAGGACCUGAGACUGAAAAAACAGAAAACUAAAGAAUCAAGAAGGAGCAAAGCUAAACUACUUCAGACAAGUGAUGAGUCCAUCCUGGUUGUUGAUGUUUCCACAGUCACAAAUGAUGAGGCUGAACAAAGUGCAGAUCCUCCUACAAUGAGCACAGAUGAGGCUGAACAAAGUGAAGAUCUUUUGAAACCAGGCACAGCUGAGGCUGAACAAAGUGAAGAUCUUUUGAAACCAGGCACAGAUGAGGCUGAACAAAGUGAAGAUCUUUUGAAACCAGGCACAGAUGAGGCUGAACAAAGUGAAGAUCUUUUGAAACCAGGCACAGAUGAGGCUGAACAAACUGAAGAUCUUUUGAAACCAGGCACAGAUGAGGCUGAACAGUGUAAAGAUCUUCUGAAAACGGGCACAAAUGAGACUGAAAAAAGUGAAGAUCUUCUGAAAACGGGCACAAAUGAGGGACAAAAAAGUGCAGAUCUUCCUAAAACGGGCACGGAUGAGUCAGAGAGCCCUUCUGAGCAAUCAAAUCUGAAGAGGAUGUUUCCAUGCAAAACAUGUGGCAAAGAGUUUGUUGUGGAGAAGAGGCUAAAGAAGCACUCAAGGACUCAUGUUGGACAUAAGUUGCAGAAUGAAAAGAAAAGGAAAAGAGCUCUAAUGGAAAUGGAACUUGAGGAACAAGAAAGGAGAUCGGAGGAAAAAGAGAGGCUUGAUGAUAAGAUGUCAAGUAAUCACAACCCAAGUACUGCGCAGAUGCCUCAAGGAUCCCCCAAAAAAGAGCCAUUACAAAAAAGCAAAACCAGAGGUCAAGGGCCACUACCCUGCCCAUUUUGUGGCAAAGUUUUUGCUUGGGAAAUGCGCCUAUUAAUGCAUAUGCAGAUUCAUUGUGGUGAGAAACCUUACGCCUAUCGGCAGCGCACGAGACGUUUUUAUGGUGACCUGAAAAGGGGCCAGCUUCCGAAAAUCCAUAGUCAGGAGCCUUUGGGGGACAAAAGUGGUGAGUCUGAGGAAUCUGAGUGUGAAGAGAUUGUGAAUAAGGACAGAUCUACACAUCUGAGCAGCAUUGCAACCCAUGCAGUGUCUGGAGCUCUCGCAAGCAGUAUUGAGACCACUGUACCUGAGAACUACACUGGCAGCCCUGACCUUUUACCUCAGAGAGCUAUUGAGCAGCCUACCACUUCUUACAAGAGUAAUCAAACAACCAAACCUGAACUGGUCAGUGACAUCAAGAGUCACUUCAAUUUGCAGCCCAGGAUUGUUCUCCAACCAAUUAUGACUGAAUACAAGUAUUGGAGCUCAGUGCCUCGGGUAGCUGACUUUAAAUCAGGUUGCUUUGAAAUAAGUAGUGGCUUUGAUCACAAACAAACAUCAUACCCAGUAUUGGUUGAUGAUGAAAUGGUGAAUGCUGUGGAAGAUAAAACUGUGGUUUCCAAUUUUUGUACAUUGCCAUUAGAAUUCUCUAGUCAUGGCAUCCAGAACAAAUCUGAAAUAUGCCACAAUGGUAAUCCUGAAACAGAAGUAGUCUUUGUGGAGGUUGGAUCUCCACAGCAUGAUUCGGAAGAAGAGCCUGACAACAUUGGGGGGCCACUGGGCAUUGAAUCUCCUGAGGGAAAAGAUAUGGAGAAUCAACAAAAAGAUGACAGCAACUAUAAUUUUCGUGGUGUUUCAGAAAAAACAGCCAGAAACCAGGUAUCACUUAUAGUUACAGAUGAUGAAGUAGAGCAGUCAAAUGCAAGAACUGUUGCUGAAAAUGCUCUGUCUGAAUGUGGAAGAACGAAGUGUGAUUGGAAGUGUGAAUGUAAAAACAGUUCUGCUAUGAAAUUAACCUGUGUCAUGCCACAGAGUAGCGUUUUACAAUCUUCGUUAAAGGAAACUAUUUUUGGCACCAUUCAGAAGAACAUUGACUCUAAAUUAGUUUGUGUUGUCUUCUCAGAUGUUGAAGACAAUGUUAAUGAAGAUGUGUUGAGUUCCUCCAAAGGUUUAGAUAAAAAGAAAACAGCCUUUGUUCCUAGCAUUCAAAAUGAACAAUUAGAGGUGGAGAACAAAUCUGGCAAAAAUCCCUUCAGCAACUCCAACUUACCAGCUCUAGAUGCAACUGAGCCCACCAAAUCUACUGAUGGUGCCUCACAACUUACUGAAGAUGAGAGUAUCUCAAAUGACCCCCCCAGAAACCAGAUGGCCUUUACCUCCAUUAGACAAACAGAGGAGAGGCCCAUGAGUCCAAAGGAGAGAAUAUCAUGUCAAACAUCUGAUAUGGUGUUUGCUGGUCAAGAAUCUCUGUCGGAAGUUCACGCUGACAAGAAACUGCUAGACAUGGAGAUUACCAAUGGCGAUGAGAGAAAAAAUAAGAAACUGGGUCUGAACAACCAGGGUCCUGGAUGCCAAACCAAUUCCACUGAUGACAACUCUAGCGAAUUCAAGAUACAUCACUGCUUUUACUGCAAUCAGCCACAUAACAGAAUGAUGGAUCAUCUUCAGUCAGUUCAUCCUAAUGAACCAGAGGUGGCAAAAGCCCUUACCUUUGACAAGAGCUCACAAGAAAGGGAACAACUUUUGAACCUUCUACAAACUAGGGGAAAUGUUCUACACAACACAAAUGUGGUUCAAAGUAGUAAACAAGAUUUAGAACCAUUUGGGAAGGACAAAUCUACUCAAAAUGCUGAAGAUAGCUGUGGUGAAAUGCUUCCUAUUGCUGGGCCCAUUCCUCCAGCUCCUACACUUAUUUCCCCCUCUAGUCCAGAGGAGAUUGAUGCCAAAAUAGAACCAUCAGGUUUUCAUUGCCUAAAUACCAUCUAUGAAACAGAUUUUGAAAAUGAGCAAGGAAGUUCUUCCAAUCCAGACCUCAGCUGCAAUGUAGAGCAACCAGACAUCUCAAGUCCAAAUGAUGAAGUUAGAAAUGGUAGACAGGCAGAGGGUGACUUUUUACAAUUCAGGCAUUCUCCUGAAAAUGAAGUAGGUUACGAAUUGAAGUCUGAUAAUUCUCCCAAUCCAAGCACGGGUCAAGAAUCAACAGACUGUAAGAACGAAGGAGUAAGUCUGCCAAAGUGUGAUGUUGAUCAAGAAAGGGCAAUGACACCAACAUCAGACACCAGUCCUCAUCCAGAAUAUGAUGUUCUCAGAAAUCCAUAUGAUGAUUUCAGUCCACCUAAAAAUGCCCCAACUGUGUCUUAUGACACACAAAAGAGUAGUGUGAAAGCCCAAACUUGUGAAACAGGGAAGAAGAGGAGGAAGAGGUGCUCACAUGUCGAUAAUCAGCCACUGAUCAAGGAUGAUGACUUGGUGGGUGAAGGAGAGAUGUCCAUCUCAAAACUACAUGUCUGCCAGCACUGCAAGGCAACUUUCGGCAGUCCAUACAUGCUGCACAGACAUGAACACACUCACACAGGGGACACAUCAUCUAGUGCAGACCAGGAAAAACUGAAAAGGGCAAAGAGAUUAAUUCAAGAUGUAGAAACUUCAAUGAUGGAUGAAGCUAGUAUAGAGCCAUCAACAAAGAGUCCUGAGGAUUUACCAAAUGCUGUUACAGAUGGCACAGGGGGACAAGUUGUAGCCAUUAAGCAAGACACAGAGGUGAGAGAGAUCCAAUUUGAAGAAGCAGGACAGCAAAGACUAUGAGAAGGAUUGCGAGAAGACAUUGCUUACAUCUCACAUUUGUUUUUUAAAUAUGUUUUAUAAUAUUGUCUCAGUCUUAAUGGGUUCAAUACUUUUACAGAAUAAUUAAUUUCAUCUUGCUGUACUGUACAGACCAUAGCAUAUGUUUUUUUUUUUUCUAUCAACUCCAGACUGAGAAUAAAAAUCUUUAGAGGAAUCUAAAAGUAUAUUGGUCUUUUUUGGUAUCUGUUAUGUGACUUAAGUUAAGGCAGCUUUCAGUUACUCAUUCCACAAAAAAUACAUACACAAAUGUAAAAUCAUAAAUGUCUUUGCUUUUGAUAAUUGAGUAUAAACAAAAGUUUUAAUUGCUGGUAACAAGUUUCAGGAUACUGAUUUCUGUAAAACAUCUGGGUGAUAAAAUAGGUUUAUGGAGUUUGUGACUUAAUGACUAAAUCUCCUGCCAUGAUUUCAUUUGUCAAACCUUUUUUUUACUUUAAAUAUUUAAGUACAUUGGUAGCAUUUUUACUUUCAUUUGUGUAUGCAUUUGGCUAGAUAGUUUGACCUUUUUCUCAGAAUCCAUACUUG